AUGGAAAUUAACGUUAAGUUGCUUGAAUUGACUUGGGUGAGCUUCAACGGCUGUUGGACCUGCCGACUCCGGCGCAAAAAAUGCGACGAGACACGCCCUGUAUGUGACGCCUGCUCUGCGCUCCAUAUCGUCUGCCAUUUCGACCAGGACAAACCAGAAUGGAUGGAUGGCGGCGUGAGACAGGAAGAGAUGGCCGAGCGGGUCAAGAGCGAGGUCAAAGAGAAGGGCUACCUCCGCCGUGAAGAGCGUGCGGUACAUGUCUCUGUCGACCAAGUCUCAGCUGCCGAAGCUACCAUAGACGAUGUGGAAAUGAUAUUCCCAAUAGCACCCAAGUGUCUACCUAAUCCGAUAUGCGCGUCAAGUAGAACAACGGACACUCGCAGUAAUGGGGCGGAGCCGUAUACCGAGGCAUCUACUACAUCACCCUUACGUCCUGUUGAUUGCCUGUUGCUUGAGAAGGACCCCAAAGAAAGCAUGAUCCUCGGAGGGUCCGACACCAUCCUCCUCAUGUUUUACCUCGAGUACCUACUUCCCCUGCUCUUCCCAUUCUACCGCCCCUCUGUCCUCGAAGGCGGUAGAGCCUGGAUCCUGGAGAUGAUGACGCGGAGCCCAGUCAUACGACAAACUGCUUUCUGUCAGAGUUCGUAUUUCUUUUCUCUCGCGCGGGGGACGGGGGAUGGCGAUGGCGAUGUGCAUUGGGAGACGCUGCUCGCGCAGACGAGGGACGCUUUUGAGAUGCUGAGACAGGCGCUGCGGAUCAUCGACGGCGCUGGUAUCGCGGAGCACCUGCAUGGUGCUGUACGAAUCUUGGCAAGCAUUAUGCAAGUGCAGCGUUUUGAAGUUGCGAUCUUGUGCUUUGACAAUUGCCAGGCACAUCUCAAUGCUGCUGUUGCCCUGUUCAAACAACUUCUCGACAGCCCUGGCGUUACGGAUCCAAACUCGAGCUUCAAGGCUGUCUUAACCGGCUUAGGACCUUCAUCGUGGAUUCCACUUGCUCCGAGUGUUGAGAUGCCCAGCCCUGAACAGGCUGCCUUUCGCUUCUCAUCAGCACUGUUGGUCUUGGAUGAUAUCAUUGCAAGCACGGUACUCCAGGAACCACCUAAACUGUAUGAGUACCACCGGAGCCUCCUCAGUAACAUCGAUGGCAACGACCCCGCUAUCAACCUUGAAGCUAUUGUAGGAUGUCAAAACUGGGUGUUGCUAGAAAUCGGCGAGAUUGUCGUGCUUGAUGCAUGGAAAGUGCAGUGCAGGAGGGCGGGAGUUCUCGAUGUUAUGGAGCUUGUCCACCGCGCCACGUCUAUCAAGGUCUCGUUGGAAUCUCAGCUCGCGCGGCUCGAGACCGAUCCAUUGUGUGUUUCAAAAGAAAGUAACAGCUUGCUGGAUGUCUUUGCGUUCGAUCAUGGCCGGCAUACAAGGAGCCUUGCCUCCCAGAGCAACUUGGUCACGCGUGUCUGGGCACAUGCAGCGCUCAUUUAUCUGUCUGUCGUUGUGCCUGGAUGGCAGCCCGCGAGUGUCGAUGUGUAUUAUCACGUCAGUCGGGCUGUUGAGCUGAUUAGACAUCAAAUAUCGCCGCCAGAGUUGCUACGUACCAUGGUCUGGCCCUUAUGCGUGGCUGGCUGUCUUGCAGAGCCGUCGCAUGAAGCUCACUUUCGCGGCCUGGUGGAGGCAUUGCAGCCGCCUAGUGUCUUUGGCACACUACGCAAGGCACUUGAGAUCAUGGAGAAUGUAUGGCGCAAUCGGGACUCGGAAGAUGCUUCGAGCCGCGACCUUGCCAUGUGUUUUAGAAGCCAGGGCGAUCUGGUGUUACUUAUCUAA